AUGACUUCAGUUGAGAAGCGCCGCUCAGGCCGAAAGAGCGGCGGUCAUCGAAAGCACAGCGAUGGAGGCUACAGCGACACCUCAAGUGGUGGAUCCUAUCUGGAUGAGACUGACCGUGAGGUCAGCAACCUGACUGAUCGAGCAUUCAGGAGUCUCUGCAUUGGAGAUGAGGCGGUUUAUAAUGACUCAGACCUCUGUUCAUCUUCUCCCUGCACCCAGAGAGACAGACAGCUGGCCUUUAGUCAGAGUGGCCAGGACAGAGACAGAGAGGAACUAGGGAGGGAGGAACUUAAGAGAUCUGCACAUGAGAGCUUCAGCCUCAGGAUGCAGCAGUAUGGACAGGACCGUGUCCAAGGCGGAAUAUAUGAGGCUGAGAUUCAGAGAGAUCCACAGUGGGACGUUUAUGGGGAAAGGACACAAGGGAGGGUUUCUUCCACAUUCCAGCACUCCUUUGUGGAAACCUCUCAACGGGAAGAGCCUCUGGGGGAAGAACAGUCUUCAUUCCUCAGCAAUGGAGCCACAGAGUUGAGUUCGCAGCAACGGAGAAGUCGCUCCAGAGUUUCUUCUCUGAUCAGAGCUUUUAACUCGGAGGGACAAAGGGACGGCGCAGGGAUGGAUGGUAAACUCAGAGAGUAUAAUGACGAGACAAGCUGGGACAAAUCAGCUCUGAUGAGUAUCCAAAGUGAACUUUCUGAGUUCUCUACAUCUUACCAGCAAAACUUUAACAGUGGUCAUUUCCCCUCAGCUGGCUCGUUCUCAUCCCAAAACAACAACUUCUACUCCUCUGCAGUAGCAUCAGUGGCUCACAUGAAUUCUGCAUCCUCUUUUCUGAGAUCUUCCCACACGCAACACAGCAUGUCCGAUCAGUUCAGCUGUAACUCUAACUUCUUUAUACACAGUGAGUUUAGUCCCUUCAAGGUAUGGAGGGACCACAACAGGUUUCCCUUCCAACAAGCUGAAGUCUCAGGGUUUAUGCACUGUUCAGAGUUCCCUAAAUGGUAUGACACACCAAUGUACAGGGAGCUUUCACUGGAUGCCCAACCACAGGGUCCUUAUCGGUUUGAUGAGAGGGGUAUCAGACACCCAAGGAAUAACUUGGCGCCUGUGGUUCCUCCCACUCCUCCACGCGCCACCUCAACAUCCACAAUACUGCAGAAAUCCUCGGCCGUGGAGAAACGCUGUGAGUCAGAGUUGACGGGUCAUUACCCCCACAGGACAAGGACGCAGAGCCUGGGAACUAAAAGGUUUCCAUUGCAACGGUCAUCGACUGCGUCACCUACCAGUGAGAUGUCUCGACGUGUUCAGGACACCAUCAGCUCCGUCAAAGCCCUUCAGCAAAAAAUCAAAAUGAUGACAGAGCAAAAUAUCGCAACAGGGAUGACAGCAAAUCAACAAGGAGAUUCUUCUAGCAAUAAUAAUUGUAUUCCUUUUAACAACAAUGCAAAAAUAGUGGCACCAAAUACUGUCAGCAGUAACACAAGCACGACUCCCUUCAACAUCAGUCAGCUGCUCACACCUUUAGUCCAUGCACAUCAAGAAGCAGAGACACUAGAGGUAGGGCAGUCUUCAGUUUCCCCUGAACUUAAGGAGCAUCCUCCAGUGCGUGCAGAAAGCAGGGGAGCCACUCCUGAUGUUAGGAUGUCCAGCUACAAAUCCAGGGCCACGAGCCUACUCUUCAAUCUCAAAGACAACAGGAAAAGAGUAAAAAGCACCUACAGUCCAGCCAAAUUUAAAGGAUUGGAGACACUGGAGAAAAACAAACAGUACUCUACCCAGGAGCCCAGAGACACUGUGAUAGACAUCCCUGAUUUUCCGGAUCCAGACUUUCAACUUCUCCAGGAAGAAGAAUCCAGCAGGACAAAUGACACCUCACAUCAAUUUGUAAACCAGUAUAACAGCCCUGGAAGGUUUACAACACCAAAUUCUCAACAUGCACAUUCAGGCCUAUAUUCAGAAUACACGUCAAGUGAUUACAGGACAGCUCCAUCUCUGCCCCGCUCCAACACCUCAUCUCCUGCUCUGGGAGCCAAGCCCUUGAUGUUCAGGGUGAAGGAUAACACCAUUAGAGGUUCCUCUUUCACCAAGUCAGUCAAACCACGCUUACAUAAGAACUUUGGGAAAGAUUUCCGGGUGGGUUCACCUAUGGAAAGGGGGUCAGAGAGAGAAGAGGAUGAGCAGCAGAUAAUGAGACGCAGUGCUGGAACUCCAGUCUAUCCUGACACAGGGUUAAACAGACUUGCUGCAAUCAAAGAAUCCUCCACUUUUCAGCCAGCGUAUUCAUCACAGGAUAACUACGCCCCUCUCCCACAACACAAGCCAUACUCAAGGUGGAGCGUUGCCCUGGAUGAAGACGACACCCGCUCUGUCAUCAGCAAUAUGUCAGAGGGUGGGGAGAGUUUUGCCACCAGUACAACUGACCUGGCAGAUAUACGAGCCCUGUACGACAACGAGAGGCCAGAAUCAGCCUGUAGCUUCAGCAGUGAUGUCUCCCGUUCUUUGGGCAAGCCUCCAAGUGUUCCACCAAAGAGUGAGAAAGCCUUGCGCAGAGCGCAAAGGUUGACUACUAGGAGAAUAAAGAAGGAGUUGUCCAAAACUGCAGCCGACAGCCAUGCUGUCCCCAGUAUUCCUUCCUCCUCCUCUUCUACUGAGGUACGCUCCUACAGCCGCCAAGCUAUGGCUUCCCCUCAUUUUUCCUCACCUGUCUCCCUUGCUCAUGCUCCAACAUUGGGGUCUAGCUUUCCAUCUUCGCACCCAGAGCACCAAUCUUCUCACAGCUCUUUCUAUGCUUCCCCUCAUGCCACUGGUCCCAUCUCCCUCCCAGUUGCUUCUCGUCAUGCUAUUGCCCCAGUUUCCCUCCCUGACGCCUCUCCUCAAGCUACUGGCCCUGCUUCCCACACUGCUGCCCCUAAGACAGUUGCUCAUGUGUCCUCUUCUCCCACUCCCCAUCAUGCCAACCACCAAGCUCCAGUGGCACAGUACCAUGUAGAGUCAAGCUACCCCCAUUCCUACCCACUGACCCAGCGUAAGGUGCUGCAAGACCUCGGCUCUGGUCAGUAUUUCGUGGUGGACGUGCCUGUUCAAGUGAAAACGAAGACUUUCUUUGACCCAGAGACAGGAAAGUAUGUCCAGCUGAAUGUACGGCAGUCUGGCCAAAGCACCGCCCGACCCCAGCCCCAGCAGACAUACCUGCAACCUCAGCUCCAACCCCAAAUGCAAGUAAACCUUCAACAGCAGCCCCAGGCCUCUCCAGCUAGCAAGCCCUUUGUUCUUUAUCAAGGCAACCAUGGUUAUCCCCAAGACUACCAACCUCCAGGUAUCACCUCUGUGCCUUGCCACAGGUCAUCAGCCCCCUUGACUCUCAACCAGGACCAACAGCCUGUUGGGGAGAGCCACGGCUACGGAUAUCCAGCCCAUCAAAUGGGACAGAAAUCUGAAGGGCAUCGCUACAGCCCAGAGAAAACUCCAUACAUGGACACAGUUAAUGACAAAGACAAAACGUAUAACACAGUUAACAACACACAUGGACCAUAUGAGCGGUUCUCAGAGAGUGACACAGACAGCCAGCUUGCAGGAAGCUCAAUUUGUGAAAAUGAUAACUCAGCCCCGUCACAAUGUCAGCCCCUAGAUAUAAUAACCAUGGGUGAACUGGAAGACUUUAUGGAGGUGUCUGACUGGUGA